GUUACUCCGGCGUAUGUCCUGCCCACGAUAAUUACAGAGGAUUUUGAUGAAAUGGAGACUCCUGAGGCUUCGUAUCCGAAUAAAUCCGCGUCUCUUGGAAGUCGGGAUCGAAUUCGCUCGCUCUCAGGGGGAACGUCUAAGAUAGCUACCCUUAGGGAAGCCCUUAGUCACAGUCGUUUGAGGCGACCCUCUGGAGAUGAUGUCCUUUCAGGAAUCAGUCCAGCACGUAAAGCAGCUUUAUUUGAAGCCUUCCGACCUCGUUCGAAGUCAGACAGCAAGCGGCAAAGACCAACAUUUAUAUCGGCAAUAAAAAAUUCCGUACAGCAGACGUUUUCUUCUUCAUCAUCGCCAGGCACUUCGCCCAAAUCUCCAACCCAGGCGCUUGCCCAGUUACAUGCGUCGCUCGGGACUGCUAAUGCAUCAAAUCACUUAGAGCCUAUUACCCAAGGGGAUUUCCGUAGACCAAGAUCAGGGUCCGAAACCAAAAGUGGACCUGUGUCAAAGGUCAUUGAAAUGUUUCGGGGCCGAUCCAACUCUAUCUCCACCGACACUGCUUUUAAAAGAUUCAGUGCUAACAGUGGUGGAUCAUCAUCAGCAACACCAAACUUCCAGAUGGAUUAUCAUUCAGCUGAAGAAGAUUAA